AUGCACUCACCUAUAACCCUGGCACCAUCAUCGGCUUCAUCAUCACCCGUUACAAAUUAUCACAAAUUCCAUCGUAGCGGUGCUAGUCAUCACCAACAGUCAGAUUUAAAAGAAUUAACCCAUGUUUUAUCAGAAUUAAAUACGAAUUUUAAACGAAAUGUCAAAGUAUUACAAGAUUUAAAAGAUUUUAUUGUCAAAGUAUGUGAAAAACAAGAAACAAGACCGGUCGAUGAUAAUAGCGGAAUACACAAAUUAGAACAAGUAAGUUAUUUGUCAUAG